AUGUCUAUUUCUAACUGUAGUGAAGAAGAGGAUGUUUAUCCACUCCACGAGUGUAUAUUUAUUGGUGAUGUUCGCAAACUCUCGUCGUUGCUAAGAAAUCAUGAUGUGGCUCGAAAAGACAAACACGGCAAUACAGCACUGCACCUUGCUGUUAUGCUCGGCCGCAAGGAAUGCGUGCAGCUCUUACUGGCACACGGCGCGCCAGUCAAAGUUAAGAACCUCGCAGGAUGGUCGCCUUUGGCUGAAGCAAUCAGCUACGGUGACCGCCAAACUAUUUCAUCGCUAGUGCGCAAACUGAAGCAGCAAGCCCGAGAACAGAUGGAACGUCGAAGACCUGACCUCAUUAGAGCACUGGCACAAAUACAAGAUUUUUAUAUGGAACUAAAGUGGGACUUUCACUCAUGGGUGCCACUGGUCUCCAGAAUAUUACCAUCAGAUGUAUGUAAAAUAUACAAAGCAGGUUCUGGAAUCAGAUUAGAUACCACAUUGGUCGAUUUUACUGACAUGAAGUGGGAAAGAGGAGACAUAUCUUUUAUUUUUCAGGGAGAGAAACCACCUAGUGAAUCACUAACUGUUUUAGAUAACAAAGCUAAAGUGUACCAACGAGUGCGCUAUGAAGAAACUGAAAAUGAAAUAGAAGAUGAAGUAGAUAUCCUUAUGUCAAGUGACAUACUGGCUGCUCAAAUGUCAACCAAAGGAAUAGCAUUUACAAGAGCACAGUCUGGCUGGAUAUUUAGAGAAGAUCGCAAAGAAACUGUGGCUGGCUUAUACAGAAGUGAUAUUUAUACCAUCACAGGGCUUGUUUUGGAAUCACGCAAACGUAGAGAACAUUUAUCAACAGAUGACCUCCAGAAAAAUAAGGCUAUCAUUGAGAGUCUUACUAAAGGAAAUACACAAAGUUUAGAUACAAAUGGAGAGCCCACACGUCGUGCAUCGCUGAACCCUCCUCCAGAGAGCAAUAUAGAUUGGGCUUCAUACAUAUCAUCUCCGCCUGGCCUCUAUCCCAGCCUAGGCAGAGAGCUUGUAUACAAGGAAUCCUCUCGCAAUUUCCGAGCUACUAUAGCUAUGAGUGAUGACUUUCCUCUGAGUGUGGAUAUGCUGCUAAACGUGUUAGAAGUGAUUGCACCCUUUAAGCAUUUUGCUAAACUUCGUCAAUUUGUUGCAAUGAAGCUGCCGAGAGGGUUUCCUGUAAAAAUUGAUAUACCUAUUUUGCCCACAGUGACAGCAAAAAUAACAUUUCAAAAAUUUGAUUUCCGUGAUGAUAUUGCUCCUAAUCUCUUUUUAAUACCAGAUGACUUUGUAGAAGAUCCAUUGCGAUUCCCUGACUUAUGA